UUCCCAUCACAACCAAAAUGGCGACCGAACGCGGACACCCGGCUUGCGACCGUAACUGACAGGAAAGACGCUUUGGGACUACAAACAGUUACAUGUAGGGACAAUUGUGAUGAAACACACAAACAUGUCUUCCACAUAAAUACAACAGCACCGGUGUAUAUGACACCAGAUGACGCAGCAACAGAAGGACUAAAAACACCGUUUUUCAAGUGUGGCACCUAGCGGGAAUGGGAAAUGGAGGACAAAGGCCCUCGAGUAGCUGACUACUUUGUGGUAGCUGGACUGACGGAUUCAUCUAAGCCUUUGGACCGGGAAAUUCACUUUGACGAUGCCUGCCACAAAACUGCCAAGCCGAAGGCACCCAUCACUGAUGUGGCCGUGGUGAUCCGCUCCAUGGGUGAUGAGGUUCCCCCAGGCUUCACAUGCAUUGAAACCACACCAAACGGACAUUCAGCUGAUCUCAACAAUGGAGGCCUCAUGACACCUCAGAUCUUCUUGUGUUAUAGGCGAGGUUGUGACAAGCCACCACUCACUGACUUAAGUGUCCUUUAUGAGUGGAAGGAGCGACUGAAGCAGGGCUGCCAACUUAUCCAGACCACACCCUCUGGUCGCCCUGCCAACAUCAGUGGAAACUCCUCGCAGCGUAUUUAUGUCACUUACCAACGAGCACCUGAGAGCCAACCACAUGCUGCUCUGGCUGUCACUGACAUUUGUAUCAUUGUCCCAAGCAAAGGAGAGGCCCCUCCCCACACCUUCUGCAAGGUGGACAAGAAUCUCAACAGCAGUAUGUGGGGAUCCUCUGUGUACUUGUGUUAUAAAAAGUCUGUGACCAAAACCAACUCCAUAGCAUAUAAAGCAGGACUAUUCUGCAGAUAUCCCAUAGAGAACUAUGAGUCUUUCCCACUGCCCGAAUCUGUUCCUCUCUUCUGCCUUCCCAUGGGGGCCACGAUUGAGUGUUGGCCAGUCAACACCAAAUACCCUCUGCCUGUUUUCUCUACUUUUGUCCUAACCGGAGCCUCUGGAGAAAAGGUGUACGGUGCUGCCAUACAGUUUUAUGAGCCCUACCCACAAGAGUGUCUGACUGAUCAACAGUGCUCCCAGCUGGGCCUUCUUAACUCUGAUCCCCAUAAAUCCUACCCCUGCAACAGCCCAGCUGAUGUCACAAACAUCACAACUUCCACCACCUGCUCCAUUUACACCAACAAAUGCAUCUGCCUGCUUUCUCACUGGCCCUUCUUCGAUGCUUUUCGCAAGUUCCUCACCUUCCUGUACCGCUAUUCCAUUUCUGGCCCGCAUGCCCUACCCAUUGAAAAGCACAUUUCUCAUUUCAUGCACAAAGUUCCUUUCCCUUCCUCUCAGAGGCCUCGCAUCCUGGUGCAGCUUUCCCCUCAUGACAGCCUUAUGUUGAGCCAGCCGGUGUCGUCUCCUUUACCACUCAGUGGUGGACGAUUUUCCACGUUGCUGCAGAAUCUUGGACCAGUGAAUGCUGUCACCCUUCUGGUGUUUGCUGUCACUGAACAGAAGAUUCUAGUCCAUUCAUUACGACCUGCCGUACUUACCAGCGUUACAGAAGCUUUGGUAUCUAUGAUCUUUCCCUUCCACUGGCCCUGUCCAUAUAUUCCUCUGUGCCCACUGGCACUGGCUGAUGUGUUGAGUGCUCCAUGCCCAUUCAUUGUAGGAGUGGACUCUCGCUACUUUGAACUUUAUGACCCUCCACCAGACGUGAGCUGCGUGGACCUGGACACAAACACCAUAUUCCAUAAUGAAGAUAAGCGAGCCCUCACAUGGAAGAUCUUACCAAAGAAAGCUUGUAAAAUCUUAAUGAAUGUGCUGAACACGCUUUACCAGCAACUUGUUGAUGGUCAGCACCAGUCUGACACUUUGCCUGAGUUGACCAUCAGUGAUGUGUCAGAGUUGAGCUGUGGGAAGAGUCUCAAUACUGUGAAUCUGGAGAUCCAGGAAGCCUUUUUGCGCUUCAUGGCAGCCAUUUUAAAAGGCUACCGUUCCUUUCUGAGACCUAUUACCCAGGCGCCAUCUGAGAAAGCAACAGAUGCCAGCUCACUUUUUGACUUGCAAGGGUUUUUGAAGAGUCGUGACCGCUCCCACCAAAAGUUCUACUCCCUGAUGACCAAAACCCAGAUGUUUAUCCAUUUUAUUGAGGAGUGCUCUUUUGUCAGCGACAAAGACGCUAGUCUGGCCUUCUUCGACGAUUGUGUGGAAAAAUUGUACUGCUCAGAGCGUAGUGCUGAAAAAGGGAGCAAGGUAGAUGGUGAUAGGCCAGAGGAAACAAGGUUUAUAGAGACUGAUGUCCAUCGUAGUGAGCACACAGUCUUUAUAACACCUCCAGAGCUGCCCCUUCUGCCUGAUGGGGAAGCGUAUCCCUUAUGCUACAGGUAUGAUGUCUUCCCAGUGUUAAGUUUGGACUUGUUUGACCCAGUGGAGGGCCUUCAAACACCUUCCUCUCGCCUCAACGCCAGGCAUAGCUGCCCCACCAGCCCCGCCCCAAUGUUUAGGCGUAGCAAACAGGAGAUUAAAUCAGCCCAGAAAAUAGCCAAAAAAUACUCAUCCAUCCCCCAGCUAUGGUCCAUGUGCUUGCUGCGCCAUUGUUAUGGCCUCUGGUUUAUUUGUCUACCAGCAUAUGUGAAGGUUUGCCAUUCUAAAGUGCGAGCUCUUCGUACUGCCUAUGAUGUCCUUCGUAAGAUGCAGGCCAAGAAGUUGCAGCCACCUGAUGAGGUGUGUUACAGAGUGCUAAUGCAGCUUUGUGGGCAAUAUGGCCAGCCGGUCCUUGCAGUCAGGGUCCUCUUUGAAAUGAAGAAAGCUGGAGUCCACCCAAAUGCAAUUACAUAUGGCUACUACAAUAAGGCAGUGCUGGAAAGCACUUGGCCGACCAGCACCAGAGGAGGAUACUUUCUGUGGAUGAAGCUGAGAAAUGUGGUUUUGGGUGUGGCUCAGUUUAAACAGUCACUGCGAAAACAUGCCCCUCUCACUCAGAGCCUGCUGUCAGACUGCAACGACCUGGACGUUGAUAGUCAUGGCAGCCUGGACAGCACAGCUGACGUCACCCUAACAGAGCAGUGUAGAGCAGCAGAUAUCAAUGAUGAUGGAUCUAGCACAGGACAUCAGUCAGACUUGGGUUAUAAUUCACUGUCCAAAGAGGAGGUUCGCAGGGGAGACGUCUGUGCACAGAAUUCUAUCCGGGACAAGAUUGAUAAGGAAGAGAGUGACUGCAGCUCCUUAUCAGAGACGGAGAGCAUCAAGGGAAGUAAAGACUGUCUACCUCAGUUGGACAUGGAGGUCAAUUCUUCCUUCCAUCCUCAUGGCAUUGUGUGCAGCAGUUCCCGCUAUGACAAUUCAAAAUGCCGAGCUAAGACAUCUGCAAGUGCAGACCACGUUGCAGGUCUUCUCUUCACCUCUUCUCUAGAAGAGAUUGGUGAGAUCCAAACCAAUAUCUUGCUCAGGAAACACAAAAGUACCCUGGAAGAAGUGGUUGGCAGUGCCAACAGUGACUCGACUUUGAGUUGGCGGCUACGUGGUGACAAAGUCUGUGGGAGUGGCACUACUGUUCUUGGUCUGGGUAUGAGCCAGGGAGAAACUGACCCAGAUAAAAUUGCAGAACAUCUUGGCGCUGAUGCGAAAAUUCUCUGUAAUUCCAACUUUGGUAAGAGCAAGAGGCCUCGCUCACUGGCUCUGUGUGGGUCAGAGGAGGCUUCUGUUAGCAGAUGUCGUAAAGAUGGAGAUGAGCCGGAGAUGCAGAUUUCCAGUGAUGAAGACCUGAACAAUCUAGAGGCUAUUUUUGAUUUGGAGGAUUUGGAUUUGGACAAGACCACCGCAAGCGAAGGAAUUACUUCUCACAAAACCUGCAAAUCUCGCAAAAAUCCUAUUGAACGCAGCGUAAGCUACUGUGGUGUGAGUCCUUUGACAUCAAGACGAAGAGUGAAGCGCACAGGCAUUGAGACUGGCUAUGAUCCUCUCUCCUUGCUUUCAGCAGAGUCUCAUUCAGUGCAGCAAAAGGAGGAUCCAUGUCCAGAGGAGAUGGAUGCCAACACACCCAUUGCCAACAGGAAUUUGGCAAGGGAAAUUGAGCUGUAUAUGAAGCACAUUGGAAGCCCACUGAGUAGCCGAACACCAAGUAGGGAACUCCAGGACCCGUCCAGCCCGCUCAUCUUUCACCGCUCCUCACCUCGUAGCGCUAGCUUACCCAAGAGCUCCGUCCUCAGGACUACGGAAGUGCCACAGUCUUGCACCUACCACCGUCACUCGCCCUCUAAAUCUAUCACACAUCAGCGUAUGUGGUCGUCGCCAACUUGUCACAGCGCAAGCACCACCCCUAGCCCUUGUCCCAGCUCGCACCCCAGCCCCUACCGGGAUAAGACAAGCCAGAUGCACAUUGCAGCCCCUUCACCAUCCUCAUCGUUUGUUCUGGACACAAUACUAACACCAACACUGGAUGUUUUCAAGACCAGCAUGUUCUCUGCAAGCAAAGGCGUGGCAGAGAAGGCUAGUCGUUGGUACUCACGUCUAUCCACGUACGCUACACCAACCAAGGACACUCAGAGUGACCAACCAAAUGUCUCCACGCUUGAUGUUCAGGAUCCAGAUAGCUUCCCUGGGAAGGAUGAGGAACAAUCAAAAUAUUCUACAGUCUCCCCAAAAAAGAAUAGCCCUGUUGGUCCAACGGGAUCUCGAAAGAGCCCAAGACGUAGCCCCUUCCACAGCAGACUUUUGAACAGUCCCACUGCAGACUCUAGCCUCAGAAGACCCACAUCGCUGCUCCCUGGUUGUGGCCACCUCUCACCUCCUGGCUUCCUUCUGUCUGACAAGUCAGACUUAGGGUCCUCACGCUACACUAGCAACACCAGCAUCUUCAAUAACUGUGCAAUGGAGCUGUUAAUCUCAAGCUGUUCACGCUGUAAGACAUGUGACUGUCUGGUCUACGAUGAAGAAAUCAUGGCCGGCUGGACGGCGGAUGACUCUAAUCUAAACACUACGUGCCCCUUCUGUGGAAACCCUUUCCUGCCUUUUCUAAAUGUGGAGAUCAGGGACAUGAGAGGAACCGGCAGGCUGUUCCUAAAGGAAAGUCUGUCAGUGGAUGAGGCGCUGAGCUCAUCAUAUUCUACCUCAACAGGCUUUGACACAGGGACGUCCACUUUAUCCACCCCCUGUCCCACCACAGCCAUCUCCCCUCCUUCUCCUGUGACAGCCGUCCAUGACUGUUCAAUGAGACCGAGAACUCGAUCCACCACAUCACAUGGUUUCAACAUCCCUACAGAGUGGCGACAAGGGGCUCUAUCUUUGGCAGCUCCCAUGGCACGAAGUGUUAGUGCCUUUGGCCCCCUGGAGGAAACUUCUCGGUGCAACCGCUUGUUGCCAAUCUCUGGCAGCCUACCCAGCAGGCUUAAUGAACCCACUGAUCCGCUGAGUAUGGAAUGGCGUCUCCACAACCCUGAGCCAGUGACCGUUCCCUACUUGAGCCCACUGGUGUUGUGGAAGGAGCUGGAGAGCCUGCUGGAGAAUGAGGGAGACACAGUAAUUACAGAGUCUGACAUGGUGGACCACCAUCCUAUUAUCUACUGGAACUUGGUCUGGUACUUCAGGCGGCUGGGCCUACCAAGCAACCUGCCUGGACUCAUCCUAACCUCUGAGCACUGUAACACAGACUCCCAGGUUCCCCGUCAGUGGAUGUCAGAGGACAGUAAACACGUGUUGAUCCAGAUCCUGUGGGACAACCUAAAGCUGCAACAGGAUCCUGUUCAACCUUUUUACAUUCUGUGGAACAUAUACAAUGUGGGCUACCCUGUGUCCCAAACCAUCCCAAAAGAAGAGAAGCCCUUCUCUGAGGAUCUGCUGCAGAGUGUCGUGAGGAGCAUCCAGAGGAAUGAUGUUAGUCGACCAAUGGCUCAUCUGCUGGAGAUACAGGGUCAGACAUUUGGACACAAAAGGCAAAGGAGUUUGUACAGAGACCUGCUCUUUCUCUCACUGGUGGCUCUGGGAAAAGACAACAUUGAUAUCGAUGCCUUUGACCGGGAGUACAAGCUGGCAUACAACCGCCUGUCACCCAGACUGGUAAAGCUGACCCGUAACUGUGACCGCCCUCCCAGCACGGGUGUCAUGGAGUGUCGCAGGACAUUUGGGGAGCCUUACCUGUAAAACUGCAGGUUAUGUUCACCCUUUGGCGGGCGCAGUGAGAGCUCAGGAAAGCGGGCAGCGCUGACUCAGCAUCGUUACAACCAUCAUGUAGCCCAAGGUCUUCAUUUCAAUGUCUCCGAUUCCUCAAAAAGGCUGUUACUGACAAGAGAAAGGUAUUUUUAAGACAACAUUUUAAAAGAUGGCAUUUUAGGGUUAUUUUUAUCCAUGCUAAGUAAGCUUUAUUAAUAAUAAUGUCACUUUUAACCAGGGUUUGGUUCCACUAUUGAAUGUCAGCAGAGGUCAGCAUUUGAUCUUGUUUUGUAUUUUUAAAGUGUUUUUACUCAUAUCAGUAUUAACCAUUUAAAAUCACCCAACCCCCUUUUUUUGUGUUAUUAUGGUAACUGCUGGUAAGAAUGUCAGCUAAAAGUGCAAGCAAACACAUUUUUAUGAAACAAAACAAAAAUAUGCUAAGCAUUUUCAACAGUACAAUUAUCAUUCCUCUCUUGUUAAAACUUACUGAACAAUAUUUUAGUUUUAUUUCAUUCAGUAGCAAAGCUUUUCAUACCAACAUCAUUCAAGUAGACCAGGGGUCUCAAACUCUAUUUACCUCAAGGCGGCCAAAAGUAAACUCUAGGUCAGUGGUUCUCAACCUUUUUUCAGUGAUUUUUUUUUUUUAGACUUCCUUUUUUAUUGUCAUUCAAAUUUGAACUUUACAGCACAAAUAAGAACAACAUUUUGUUGCAUAAGCUAUUGGUAGUGCAGGAUAAAAAGAGCAAUAAGGUGCAUAUAUAAUUAAAUAAAUAUGUUUAAAUAUAAAAUAAAUAAAUAUGUAUAAAUAAAUAAAUAAAUAGAUUACUGUACAGAUAAAUAUAUUGCACUUUUUCACAUGUGUCCACGUUUAUGGGGGGAGUUGAGGGGAUAAUUUAAUUAUGAUGCGUUCAAGAGUCUUACGGCCUGAGGGAAGAAGCUGUUACAGAACCUGGAGGUUCUGCUUCGGAGGCUGCGGAACCUCUUCCUAGAGUCCAGCAGUGAAAACAGUCCUUGGUGUGGGUGGGAGGAGUCUUUGCAGAUUGUCUGAGCCCUGGUCAGGCAGCGGCUUUUUGCGAUCUCCUGGACAGGAGGAAGAGGAUUCCUGAUUAUCUUUUCCGCAGUCCUCACCACUCUCUGGAGAGACUUCCAGUCUGAGGCAUUGCAGGCUCCAGUCCAGACAGAGAUGCUGUUGGUCAGCAGGCUCUCUAUAGUGCUUCUGUAGAAUGUGGUGAGAAUGGUGGGAGGGUGCUGUGUUCUUUUCAUCCGACGCAAAAAAGUGCAUGUGCUGCUGAGCACCAGGUUAUAUUGUCAGUGAUCUGCACCCCCAGGAACUUGGUGUUGCUUACCAUCUCCACCGCUUUGCCGUUGAUGAAGAGUGGAGCGUGGCUGGACUGGUGCUUCCUGAAGUCAACAAUGAUCUCCUUGGUCUUUUUGACAUUCAGGACCAGGUUGUUGGUUCUGCAGAGGUCAACCAGAUGUUUCACCUCCUCCCAGUAGUCCAUGUCGUUGUUGUCACGGAUGAGGCCCACUACUGUCGUGUCGUCCGCAUACUCCACAAUGUGGUUAGUAGUGGACCUGGCGCAGCAGUCAUGAGUCAUCAACGUGAACAGCAGCGGACUCAGGACGCAGCCCUGGGGGGGAGCCGGUGCUCAGGGAGUUGGCACUAGAGGUGUUGUUGCCCACUCUCACAGACUGGAGUCUGUCUGUGAGGAAGUCAAGCAGCCAGUUGCAUAGGAGGGUACUGAAUCCAAGGGAGGCCAGUUUGCUCACCAAGUACUGCGGGAUGAUGGUGUUGAAUGCUGAGCUGAAGUCCAAGAACAACAUCCGCACGUGUGUGUCCUUAGCUUCCAGAUGUUCUAAGCUCAGGUGGAGUGCAGAGGAGAUGGCAUCCUCUGUGAAGCGGUUAGGGCGAUAAGCAAACUGGUAUGGGUCGAAUGUGGGGCGAAGUCUGGAGACAAUAUAUUAAUUUACCAGCCUCUCGAAGCACUUCAUUAUGAUAGGGGUGAGUGCAAAGGGGCGAUAAUCAUUGAGGGAGGAGAUUGUUUUUUUUAGGCACAGGAAUGAUUGUGGCCGUCUUAAAACAUGAUGGUACCACAGCCUUGGUCAGCGAGGUGUUGAAGAUGUCUGUGAGAACCCCAGCAAGCCGGUCUGCACAUCCCUUAAGCACCUUGUCAUCAGGUCCCGGUGCUUUCCGGGGGUUCACUCUCCUCAGGUUGAGCGGCUGCUCAUCAGGGCGAGGAAUGUAUUUUCUCGCCGGAGUGGUGUUAAGGGCCUCAAACCUUGCAAAGUAGUUGUUAAGGUCAUCCAGGAAGCUGACACUGUUGUCACAGGGACAGGGGGCAGCUUUAUAGUCCGUGAUGACAUGUAUGCCCUGCCACAUUCGUCUAGUCUUUGUAGGGUUCUCGAAGAAGUCCUGCACUUUCUGACUGAGAGCACGCUUUGCAACUUUAAAGGCAUGGUUCAGGUUAGCUCUGGCUGAUUUUAAUUCCACCAUGUCGCCAGACUUGAAAGCCUUCAGCAUUGCACGUACCUCACUGUUCAUCCAGGGUUUCUCGUUGGCCCGUGUGGGGAUGUUCUUGAUCACACUGACAUCUUCCAUGCACUUCUGAAUGUAUGCGGACACAGACUCUGCAUACUCCUCCACAUGUGUGGUGAUUUUCAAUGGCGGCAGCUUUAAACAUGUCCCAGUCUGUGGUUUCGAAGCAGUCUUGUAAUGCUGACAUUGCUCCCUCUGGCUAGGUCCUCACCUGCUUCACAGUAGCUUGAUUCCUGAUCAGCAGGGGCUUGGAUGCAGGAAUUAGCAUCCCAGAUAGAUCUACCCCCUGUGAACAUUUUUUUAAUUCAAGUACCCCCUAAUCAGAGCAAAGCAUUUUGGGUUGAAAAAAAAGAGAUAAAGAAGUAAAAUACAGCACUAUGUCAUCAGUUUCUGAUUUAUUGAAUUGUAUAACAGUGCAAAAUAUUGCCCAUUGGUAGUGGUCUUUCUUGAACUAUUUCGAAAAAAAGAUAUAAAAAUAACUAAAAACUUGUUGAAAAAUAAACAAGUGAUUCAAUUAUAAAUAAAGAUUUCUACACAUAGAAGUAAUCAUCAAGUUAAAGUGCCCUCUUUGGGGAUUAUAAUAGAGAUCCAUGAACUUAAUUCUAAACAUUUAUUCACAAAAAAAUAUAUGUUUAACAUCAAUAUUUAUGGAACAUGUCCACAAAAAAUCUAGCUUUCAACACUGAAUAUUGCAUUGUUGCAUUUCAUUUCACAGUUAGGAACUUAAAUUCAUAUUUUGUUGAAGUAUUAUUUAAUAAAUAUAUUCAUAAAGGAUUCUUGAAUUGUUGCUAUUUUUAGAAUAGUAAAAAAAAUCUCACCUACCCCUUGGCAUACCUUCAAGUACCCCCAUUUGAGAACCACUGCUGUAGGUCAUUCUUUAUUUUGUUAUUUCAGAGUCCAGUUUGAACCAAAUGACUAAUUUAGUCAACACUAAUGGUAGCACUGCCCAUGCAAAGCACCCCUGUGAAAUGUUAGAAAUAAACACAGAAACAUUUUUCUUUGGCAGACAUCAGCGCUGCAGUUGUUCUCAGCUCAGAGAGCUUAUGAGAGAGAGGGGGCCAUGAAGGCAAACCAUGAACUAUGAUGCCCCCAUAAGUAUGUCCAGUUAAAAGGAAUACAGAACCGCAUCCCAAGCUCCAGCCAAAAUGCAUGGACUUUACCAUUUGACACUUGGGCGUCUCAUACUCUUAACAUGUUUUCUUAGGGCAUGCAAUCAAUUUGAACUGGACUUUUUGCUGUGUUACUCACUUACUCAUCCGAAUAAGCGUCUACAGUUUAUGCUCGUCGACAUAGAUCGGUCAGAUCUAGUCUGUAAUCUAGUUCUGACUAAAACUGAGACAAACCAAACAGUCUAGUUGCGAUGGAUUGAAUGCCCUGAGAAUAAUGAUCUGGAUGAAUGGAAACAUCCAUAGACAUUUUAACAUGUACUUUGAGCAACUACAUGUGAAACUCCAAACAGUUCAUUAUUGUGUAAAGGUUUGUUUAUUCCAGCAAUCAGAUCUACAAGGUGAAACUGAAAUUUGACCUUGGCUCAUGACACGCAACUCAAGAUUGUCACGCCUUCUUUUGAUGCUUGUGGUUUACAGCUUAUGAAAAUCUCAGAAAAUUAGAAUAUUACAUCAAAUUGAUAGGAAGUGGAUUUAAAAAUCAGAGAAAUAUUGGCCCUUUGUAAUGUUUAAUUUUAGUACUUUGUUUUUUUUUUUUUGCAUAAUUUACUGCCUCAAUGCGGCGUGGCAUUGAUGCUUGCAAUUAGCUGCAUUGUUCGUUCUCAUGUUUUUCAUCUUUCUCUCGGCAAUGCCCCAUAAGUUCUCUAUGGGGUUCAGUUCCGACGAGUCACUGGCAAUCAUUGAGGGCGGACGCUCCCUGUCCCUGUCCCUGAUAUCUGCUGCUCGCUUCUUUGUUUAGUCUUGUCUUACCUUUCUUUCUUGUUCCAAAUCUUAACAAUGGAACUAAUUAACUGACCUCUCAACGAAAUUGACAAGAUCUUGGGUUUGGGGGAACCAGCCAGUCUUGACAGAGCGGUUGUUGCUGGACACACCACGGACUCUAGGGAGAAGAACAACUACCGCGUGCCUGAGACUCUUUCAGUGGAGGACGUUGAAGAUAUUUACCUAUUUGGAAUUAUGACAACAGGACCUCUGCUGAUUGGAGUAAGCGUUGCUCUGGUUUGUCGACAACUUGGAAGAUGCCAGCAGCAUUCAAAGUACCCUAAAGCUGCCAUAAAUGAUUGGAGGAUGCGGGCAGAACUGUGGACACUCUUGUGGUUUGGAUAACAUCGGACUAUCUAACCUGCAGGAUGAAUUUGGGGACCAGUAAUUGACAAUUUUGAGUGAAAAGCACAUUUUAUCUUCGCUCGCAAAUAAAACAUUCUCACUUGGAUUGUUUCCCUGGCUUCGAGACUCUCCUGAAAGACAGUGUGGUGAAAACACAACAAACUCCUUUCUUGUCUCUCAUGGACACCUGUUGUUGUUGACUGUGGACUGAGUGGCAGUUGCGAGAGCACCAUGGUUGUGGAACAGAGACACGCUGCAAGCUUGCACACACACAUGCAUCCACAAAAAAUACACGCAACACACAUACCCCACCACCCCAUCCCGUGUGGUAUGAUGAACGAAGCAAGGCCCAUAGUGGCUGACAGCUUCCGGCCGGAUGCCCGCCCCCUAACUUUUCUGUUGCAAGUCUUGAGUUGUAUGUUGUAAUAUGUACAUGUGCUUUGCUAUGGUGUUUUGGGCCACCUUAAGAGCCCAAUCUGAGAAUAUUUUUUUUUUUUGCUCAUCCUCCCCCAGCGUCCACCUUUUUCCCACCUUUCAUGGGACAGGGCGCCUUUGACAACCCAUCAGCAUUCCUGUUCUGUAACCCUGUACAACUUUUGUUAGUCUAAUCUUGGUUUGUGCUGAAAACACAAAUUUCAUUCUGCGUGUGCAAUGACAAUAAAGAUCCAUCCAUCCAGUUUGCUGGCCAAUCAAACACAGUUACCUGAUGGUCGAUAACCAGGUUUGGCUAUGUUUGGAAGUGUGGGCAAGUUCCUUUUUCUCUCUUGGUUCUAGGCAAGAGCGCGCACACUCCUUACCCUUUCUGUAUUUGGCCUGCUUGCCUCUGUCUUUUCCUGUCUUGUUUGAUUUUCAUGUAGUCUUUUUUUUGCACUGCUCUCGAAAAGUUGAAUAAUGGAAUUGAUCAACUCUCCUCUCAACGAAAUUGACAAUAUUUUGGGUUGGGAUGAACUUGCCUGUCUUGUCAGAGUGAUUGUUGCUGGACACAUGACAAACUCUUGCCUGCCUGGCGACCCUUUUGGUUGAGGACUUUGAAGAUAUGUAGCUAUUCGGACGUAGGUUGAUUAUCGUUAGCCUUGCCCUGGUGUAUCGACAAUUUGGAAGAUGCUGGCGGUCGUUCACCAUACCCCAAAGCUGCCACAAAUGAUGGGAUGGAAAAUGCGAGCAGAGCGUGGUCACACUAAUCCUGCCACAGAUUCUCAAAUGAGUUAAGGUCUAACUUUGACUGGGCCAUUCUAAGACAUUAAUAGGUUUUGUUACAAACCAUUCCAUUGUAGUCCUGGCGUUAUGGUUAGGCUCGUUGUCCUGUUAGAAGGUGAACCUCAGCCCAAGUCUCAAUCUCUGCAGUUUGUCCAGAGUCACCAUGGCCUCUUGGCUGCAUUUCCGAUCAGUGCUCUCCUUCUUCAACUUGUAAGUUUUGGUUUACAGUUGUUUCCUACUCUUUACGUUUCCAGGUGAUCCGUUGGAUAAGUGCUCUGUGAAAAUUUCAACGCUUGGGAAAUGUAUAGUUUAAGCCUGCUUUAAACUUCUCCACGACUUGUGUGGUGUGUUCCUUGGACUUCAUCAUGUUUUUAACCAACGUCUCAGGCUGUAUUUGUACUGAGAUUAGAUUACACUAUUACAUUAUUAUUACAACUUCACAAUUGUAUACUACUUUGUGUUGGUCAUUUCCAUACAAUUCCAAUAAAAUAUAUUUAUGUUUAUGGUUGUAAUGUGCCAUAAUAUGGAAAAGUUCGAAGCUCAUGAAUACUUCUGCAAGCCACUGUAAAGACUCAGGAACCCUUCCAGGGGUUUUGGAAUGAUUAGCCUGAUGAGCGUGUGACAUGCGAAGCCUAUAGUCUUGAACAAUAUUCCAUUUUUUUGAGAGCUAGAAGUUUGGGAUUUUCAAAAAUUAUAAGCCAUGAGUGUUAAGAUUUUAAAUUAAUAAAGGCUUGAAAUAUCUCACUUUGUAAAUAAUAACUUUAUACCACAUAUUGGCAGAGGUGGGUAGUAACGUGCUACAUUUACUCCGUUACAUUUACUUGAGUAACUUUUGGGAUAAAUUGUACUUCUAAGAGAAGUUUUAAUGCAACAUACUUUUACUUUUACUUGAGUAUAUUUAUAGAGUAGUAACGCUUUUACUCCGCUCCAUUUAUCUACAUUCAGCUUGCUACUCGCUACUGAUUUUUAUCGAUCUUUUAAUACACGCUUUGUAUGUUUUGGCUUGUCAGACAGACCUUCAAAGUAGGAUCUAUCACAUGCCUGCGUUUAACCAAUCAAAUGCAGUCACUGGUGACGUUUGACUUCGUUUCUCCAAUCAAACAGAGCCAGGCGGUCACAUGAUUAACUGCACACUUUUUAUUUUUUUAUAAACCUUUAUUUAUAAAUUUCAACAUUUACAAACAGUUGAAAAUAAUAAUCAAAGUAAGUACAAAAACAGUACAAAACAGUAUAAAAACCGUACAAAACAGGGGUUGUAAUUUCAAAGUAACUAAAAUAGAAUGCAAAAAAAUAUAUAUAUAAAAUAAACAAAGUGCAAAGCCACAGGCUCACUCAUCUCAGUAAAUAACUUAAAUUUGGAACACAGCAUCAUUGUUUUCACAGCUUUUUGGUUGUUUUUUAAAGGCACAAAAAACAGGUCAGGUAUUGAGAAACUUACAUUUAUGAAUAUAAAACUUAGCCAAUAGUAUCAUGAGCUUGCAAAGGUAAAAUUAAUUUUCAAUUUUUUUUUUCAAUACAGUGUAAAGCCAAAUAAAUAUUAUUUAAUAUAUAUAUUAUUGUUUUAGUUGCUUAAGAAAUAUUCCUGGUUGUGAAUUAGUUCAUUGCUAUUUUUAUGUUUUUGUGCAUUACUUGUUGCUGUCAUCAUUAAACGAACAGGUUACUCAUCAGUUACUCAGUACUUGAGUAGUUUUUUCACAACAUACUUUUUAGUUUUACUCAAGUAAAUAUUUGGGGAGUAAUACAUCUCUAAAGUAACAGUACUCUUACUUGAGUACAAUUUCUGGCUACUCUACCCACCUCUGCAUAUCGGUUUCAAAUUUGAAGUUCAAUUUCUGACAUCAAUGAACCUUUGUACGAUAUUCAAAUAUUUUGACAAUUCAUUUACAAAAAAAAUUCUGCAAAGCAUGCUGGGAGGCGGAAUCAGUCCCGUCGUUAAGAGUGCCAGCCAGGUGUUUAGCGUUUACUUAGUUUAUUAUUCUUCAUAGUCAUCGUCCUGUGUAUGUUGUCGUGUUGUUUACUGAGUGAUUAACGUUAGUGUUGUGGGGACACCAUAUUUAAGAUUGGCCAUAUUUACACUAAACUAUGAAUUUAAUAUGGAGCCACAAUUUAGGUCCUGUGGGGCCACAAGUUUGAGACCCCUGAUGUAGCCCAUGUACAUGCAGAUAUCGGUAUGUUUAACCUAAAGCAGCAAUAUAAGGUCAACAAAUAAAACUUGACUAAUUUACUUGGGAAUUGUAUAUGAAAUGAGAUAUUUCCUUUGUUUUUCCUGUACAGUCCAUGUUAUGUUUACACUUCAAUGUAAGGGAACGAGUUAGAUAGCAUCACCAUCUGGUUACGUUUUGUUUAUCUCUAUCAUCUUAUUUGAAUUGUUGUUUGUUGUGCGUUCGAUCACAGAUUGUGUUUUUGAAGUACACAGGACAGAUACAAGCUGGUACUAAACAUCAACACGCAUUCCUCUCAUUGUCUUGGGUGAGAUGUGUGUUCAAUCCUGGGGUCUCAUUCAUUAACCUGUGCGUCGAAAAGGUUUGAAACUCUUUAUAGGACUGAAACUGGGGGAAAAAAAAUUUUUUUCAAAUAUGUGGACUCAUGUUAAGGCUCGUAUACAUUGAAGUCAAGAAGGCCUCCAUUUGACCAUGUAUGGCAGCAACAAUCCCUUACAGAAGUAGUGUUGCAAAAUUAACGAGACAAACCUAAUCCCACGAAUACGAUGCGAACAAGGAGAUUUACCUCUCACAUUGGAAUGGCAGCAGGGGUUCCUGCAGAGGUUCAGUAGCAACCAUGGUUGCUAAACCAAGACGCUAUGGUUGACUUUUCAGUUUUAUGUUGAAGUUGUGGACAGACGCAGCCAUCGCUACUUGUAGUUUCACUCUCCUACCAGCUUUUGUGCAUACGCAUGAUGAGGGUUGUAUACUGAGUACUGGUAUUUUUUGGUACCAUUUCCCAAUUAGUUCAUUCCAAGAGAACCAACUAAUGACGGCUAUUGUUUUUUUUAAUCCAGCUGACUGUCGUAAUUAUGGCGCAGGCAAUGCAUAAAAAAGACAAGCUGGAUCUGAGAGAACUACAGGACUGCCUCAGAAAAUUACAAUAUUGUGAUAAAGUCCUUUAUUUUCUGUAAUGCAACUAAAAACAUGAAAAUGUCAUACAUUCUGGAUUUAUUACACAACUGAAAUAUUGCAAGCUUUUUAUUAUUUUAAUAUUGCUGAUAAUGGCAUACAGCUUAAGAAAACUCUAAAAUCCUAUUUUUAAAAAUUUGAAUAUUUCCUCAGACCAAGUAAAAAAAAAAAGAUUUAACAGCAGAACAAAAUCAAACAAUAUGAAAAUGUCAAUUAAUGCACUCAGAACUUGGUUGGGAAUCCAUGUGCAUGGAUUACUGCAUCAAUACGGCGUGGCAUGGAGGCAAUCAUCCUGUGGCAUUGCUGAGGUGUUAUGGAUGCCCAGGAUGCUUCAAUAGCAGCCUUUAGCUCAUUUGCAUUAUUGGGUCUGGUGUCUUUCAGCUUCUUCUUCACAACACCACACAAAUUCUCUAUGGGAUUUAGGUCAGGGGAGUUGGCAGGACAAUCGAAGACAGUAAUGCCAUGGUCAGUACACCAGUUACUGCCGGUGUUGGCACUGUGAGCAGGUGCCAGAUCAUGCUGGAAAAUGAAAUCAUCAUCUCCAUAGAGAUUUACAACAGAUGGAAGCAUGCAGCGCUCUAAAAUCUCUUGGUACACAGCUGCAUUUUUUAUUAUUUGCACAAGGAAAGUUGCGGUGCACAAGGAAUACAAUUUGAAACGUCGUUAUACGAUGACGUAUGCAAAAAAAUGUUUUAGGAAAUCUUUUCUUGCAGCCCAGCCUCACCCAGACUCUGCAUCCAGUGGCCCCUAGGUAAAGUGAAUUUGAGACCCCUGAUUUAUAUGAUAUAUUUUAUAUAAUAUAUCAUGUAAAAGGUAUGUGCUCUGCACGUGAAUGCUACACAUAAAUAUUAUUUCCAGCUGAGUGUAAUUGUAAAAGAAACACAGUGAUUGAUCAUUAUAGUUGAUUUGUUUCAGCCCUAAAAAGCAUGCAUUGAUAAGACUUUCCUGCUGUGAGAUGUUACAUGAUGUUGGUGGUGUACACCCUCAUGUGCGAGUACAAAUGGUAAUUAAAAAUGUUUUCAUAUCUUUAUUUUCAGCAAUAACAUGUAGUACCGAUAAAUAUCGAUAAUGUAUUCGUAACGAUCCACAUCCCUAUGCAUGAGACAAGGUGUGCUUGAAUGUACACAACAUGUUGAUAAAUGCCAUCCAUAGCAUGAGAUUAUGCUUCUUGGGUUCACAGUGUUGAUAAAUGAGACCGCCACCUCUCUGGAAAUAUCCAUCCAAAAGUAGCUCCAUAGUCAUGGAGCUGUAAAAGUGAACUUUGGGUUAAAUAUAAGCGUGACAAGCCUUGUACUUUUGUUUCUGGGUGAUGAUCGUUAAGGAAAAAAACAAGUACUUUGUGGUAUGUGUGCUAAAAUUUGAGGAUGCUGCUGCACUUUGUCCCAUAACAAAUUUGAACUGAUUUAACUUGAAAUGACUUCUUGUGUGGAGCAGCUUGGGAAAGCUGACUUGUAAAGAAAAAAUGUAUAAAUGAAUGACUGCACAUUCUGUAUAUUUACAUUUGAUUAAUUGGUUACUUGUAAAAAAAAUAUACAUAUAUUAGUUCCUACUAAAGCUGUUCAAAUGCAUAAUUCUGUUAAGACUGGGUUGUUUGGAUUUACAUUAAAAAAAAUCCCAAAU